CGCUCAGCGAGAGUAUCUUUUGCCUGUACUUCCUGGACCAAAUCUACUGUUCUCUGUUCUACCGGGUCCAAAAAUGGGUAAUGAUGGUGGAAGUAUCCCCACUCGCCGCGAGCUCGUCCGCGAAGCCGCCCGGAAUCCCACCACGGCGCAGUUGAAAGAAACACAGCGCGAAUUGCAAGAACACUUCUGGAAUACAUGUCCAUUGUCGCAUAAACAGCUGAUGCGGCCUAUUGUCUCUGACUGUGUCGGAAACCUGUUCAAUAAAGACGCUGUUUUGAGAUACCUGUUGUCUGGAGAUGAGGCCGAAGGUAUCAGCUCGAAAGCCGACUGUGACGAGUUCCUCUGUGGCCGGGUAAAGAGCCUCCGUGACGUCGUGGAACUGAAAUUUGAAGUUGAUACUGAGCACCUGCAACAUCCAGCUGGGAAACACGAGAAGCGCGAGCGCUGGAUUUGUCCAGUCACCGCUAAGCAAUUAGGUCCCAACGUCAAAUCCGUCUACCUUGUUCCUUGCGGGCAUGUCUUCUCGGAGGAAGCGGUUCGUCAACUGAAGGGGGAUAGGUGCUUGCAGUGCGAUGAACCUUACACAAGCGAGAAUGUCAUACUGAUACUUCCGACAAAAGAGUCGGAUAAACAGCAGCUGAUUGAGCGGAACCAGAAGCUUGCCGAGCAAGGAUUGACACAUUCUUUGAAAAAGGCGCCUGGUUCAAAGAAAAGGAAGAAGCAUGCCAAUGGCGAUGCUGUCGCUGCUACUGCUGGCAACGAUUCAACUUCCAAAAAUGGCAAAGAGCCCAAGCUAGGCUCAAUAUCCACUCCGCUCACAAGGCAACAAUCUGUCACUGCUGGCCGAAGCAAUACAUCUACGUCUGCCCCGAAAGCUUCCAGUACGAUCAAAAAUGCAGCCACUGCUAUGCUAACAGCUCGUGUUCUUGAGGAGGAGAAAGAAAAGAAGAAGCGGCGUAGGCUGAUGGGAAAUAAUGACAACCUGAGCAGUCUUUUCACUAAAGAAUCCGGUCAAGAUGGAAUGUCGAAAAACACGGACUUCAUGACCCGAGGCUUUACCCUUCCUGCGAAUUCGAGGCACUGAACUUUAUUCUUCUUCCUCUUGCAUCUUGCCCAGUCAUAUCCGGGAUAGGCGUUUCAAGGCUUUUCUCAAUGGCGAUUGUUGAGCCAGCUAUAAAAUUUAUUUUAUGACCCUAGUACGUUCAAAUGAUAGAUUCAAAAUUGUAUACUAUACCGAUGAUGAAAAUGACAAACAAAU